CUUCAAUAUGAAGGCGGUAAUUUGCAUUUUGCUUUUCGCACUCGUGGGAUUUAUCCAGGCAAGAAUCACUUACGAUAAUUUACUUAACGCAGAAUUUGAACUCUUUAAAGUGGAGCAUAAGAAAAGCUACGAUAGCGAAUACGAGGAACAGCUGCGUCUGAAGAUCUUUAAGGACAACAAGAAAUUGAUCGAUAGGCAUAACAAGUUCUAUGUAGCCAAAAAAAAGACUUACAAGAUGGGUGUAAAUAAAUUCACUGACUUGACUCCAGAGGAAUUUAAAAGGCUUAUGCUCCCAAGCCUUAAUACAAAUCAUUCACUGGAAGGUAUCGACUAUAUUUACAAUCCUUCUGCCAAGAAGAACCUUCCAAGUGAAGUUGAUUGGCGUGUUAAGGGUGCUGUUAACCCUGUUAAAGAUCAAGGCCAAUGCGGCUCCUGUUGGGCUUUCUCUGCCGUAGGCUCUCUGGAAAGUCAGUACUUCAUACACAAAGGAAAGAGUGUAUCUCUGUCUGAGCAAAAUCUGAUGGACUGCUCAAGUGACGAUCCCUACGACAACGACGGUUGUGAUGGCGGUUCGCCGAUUGAAGCAUUGAAUUAUGUUAAGGACAAUGGUGGAAUAGAUACAGAAAGUUCUUAUCCGUAUGAAGAAACAGAUGACGAUUGCAGUUAUGAUGAGGACGACGUCGGAGCACAAAUCUCGGGAGUGUCACAAAUUGAAAGUGGAAAUGAAGACGCAUUGGCAGACGCCGUCGCCAAUAAGGGACCCAUCUCGGUAUGUGUCGAUGCCUCCUUCUUCCAAAAUUAUGAAGGUGGCGUCUUAAAUGAACCAUCGUGCUCUCAAGAUACAGACCAUGCUGUAGUUAUUAUUGGCUAUGGCACCGAUCCAGCUGAUGGAGAUUAUUGGUUGGUGAGGAACUCUUGGGGCGAGGAUUGGGGUGAAGACGGAUACAUUCGCAUGGCUCGCAAUUGUGACAAUCAGUGCGGUAUUGCCAAUUCAGCCAUUUAUCCAUUAGUUUAA